AUGCAGGAACUCAACCAGUCUGCUGUGACAGAAUUCAUCCUGUUGGGCUUUGCCUCGAGCCCCAGGACCGAUCCUCUGCUCUUCACCUUCUUUCUAGUCUUUUACCUGCUGAUCCUUGUGAGCAACAACCUCCUCAUCACCCUCACCCUCCAGGACACAUGCCUCCACACGCCCAUGGGCUUCUUCAUCAGUGUCCUCUCCAUGCUGGACGUGUGCUACACCACCACCACUGUGCCCCAGAUGCUCGUGCAUAUUCUCAGCAAGAAGAGAGCCGUCUCUUUUGCUAGAUGUGUGGCCCAGAUGUACCUCUUCCUCCUCUUUGGGAUCACUGAGUCCUGGCUUUUCUCCAUCAUGUCUGUGGACAGGUAUGUGGCCAUCUGCCACCCUCUCCGGUAUAAGGUCAUCAUGAACCACUGGGUGUGCCUCCUCAUGGUGGGCAUCCGUGCAGCCUAUGGUGUGGUGAGUUGUCUGUCCUAUACCUUCUUUGCUAUGCGCCUUCCCUGCUGUGGCCCUAAUGAAAUUGACCACUACUUCUGUGAGGUUCCUGCAGUCCUGAAGCUGGCCUGUACAGACACUUCCCUCAAUGAUUUGGUGGACUUCAUCACCGGCUUCAAUGUCAUUGUGGUCCCACUCUCCUUGAUUGUCCUUGUCUAUGUCAACAUCUUUUUCACCAUCAUGAAGAUCCGCUCAGCCCAGGGGCGGAUCAAGGCCUUCUCCACCUGUCUCUCCCACAUCACCGUGGUCACCAUGUUUGCGAUUCCAUGCUGCAUCGUCACGUACAUGAGCCCUGGCUCUGACUCUUGGUCAAAUAGUGGCAAGAAAAUGGCCCUUUUCUACAUUGCCACAGCCUUCCUCAACCCUGUCAUCUACAGCCUGAGGAACAAGGAUGUGAACAGGGCCUUCCUCAAAUUGGUGGGCAGGGGCAGGGCCCCAGAGUGA